AUGUCGAUCGUCACUACUGACCGAGUUCGGAAACUGAGUAUUGAUCCGUAUGAUCAAGUUUUUGCUUUGACUGAGGAGAUGAUCAACGCCGGACUGGAGACCAAAUGGCUAGAGGCCUAUGAUGACCCGAAUUCCGGACUCGGAAAGGAGUUCAGAUGUUAUAUGAAGGCCCUUGGAGACAUCAAGAAGGCCCGGAUUGGAUGCCCUCGCAUGGUAAUUGAAGCCAGUUUGACUUCUGAGGCACUGCAGCGUGCCUUAUACAUGCUUUGCUUUGAAUCUGGCGAGCUGAAGCUUGAAUAUGAUAUGUUGGAUGAGGAGGGCAAUCCUGUCGACGCUGGCAGCAAGGUAUAUGAUAUGACUGGAUGGAGAAUGGCUUUUACUCUGCAGCUGGGGAUGACUGUGAUUGAGCGAACUGAGGGUGAUUCGGCCGAUGAGUAUGUAAAGCUUCUUGGACCGGAGGUGGCCAAUGGACAAGGUCCCCUGGGUCAGAAAAUUGUGGCUGGAGAGUACAGCCUUAAUGCUCUGGUCGCCAAAGUCGAAACGGCCAAAUUCAAUUUCGCUGAAAGUUAUUUUGGCGGAAUCGAUUUCACAAAGGAGCCCGAGGGCAUUCGGGACAAUCUCGAAACCUUGAUGAAGAAGCAGCGAGAGAAGUUCGUUGCAGAAAUCAAGAAGUCAAGCACUCUGGGUUAUGCCUUCAAGGCCAAUCAGAUCGGCAAGUCUAUUCUAUCUGACGUCUGUCUCCCGCGAUUGUUAACAAUUUGUUAUUUAACAGACGAUUCUGCACCAAAACUAACAUUCGAGCCCAACAAACUGCAAUAUCAGACGUAUCCGUGGGUGAACCCACGCGCACUUGGAUCUAAUCCUAACUCUGGCCUUACGGAGAGCUCGCGUCUGAACUGCCUUCUUUAUCUUGAAACAACUGGUACAAAUGACCUACCACCCAUUGAUAAACGGUUCUUGAAGUUCCAGGGCAACUUUACGGAUGGCCGUCUGGAAGCAUCGUGGAACCCCGAGUCUUGUGACUUCGGUUCCUUCCAUAUGACCGGGAGAAACUUCUUCAAUGGGUAUCUCCUGAAAAAGUUACGAAUUUUGAAUCGUGUCCUCGAACCCAGCAUGUCCUGGGUCUACGUUAAGAUAGACGAUUGGCGAAAGCCGUGGGUGAAGUUUGACGCCGAUCUCAAAGUCGGUGAUAACCCACGGAGAUCCAAAGAAGAUAGUUUCUAUGACUUUGUUCAAGAUCCAAAUUCCUCAACAUCCUGGACCUUUCAAUCCUCUUGCGGGGAAUUCGAAAGUAAUGAUCAGGCCGGACUCAACGGUUGGUCUGGCAAUGUUAAAGGCAAAGGUUCAUGCUCGGCGAGGAACACAAUUUCUUUUGUCCCAGGAAGUGACAUCAUCACGGUGGAUGGAUUCACCAAGAUAGCUUUUUAUUUCCGGUUCGAAGACAAACACAUUGUUGGAGGUUCAGAUGUGAAGGAAAGCGACCUCGAAUAUCAUAUUAAGUGGAAGAUGAUACUCGAUCUUGAAGCCGUGAAAGAUGGCGGUCUCCAGAUCAAAUCCACGUUCGAGGAACCCCGCAUCGAAGCUUUCAAGUCGACUCUUAACGGUCUUGAAGAGUAUAAAGAAUUCACGUUGAACUCCGUCAAGACCGCCAUAAACAACAUGGAUGACCUCCGUAAAGCCCUUGCUGAGGAUUUGCAGGGACAACAAGGGCUUUGCUUGCCCGCUGGGGGUGUUUUCUAUUUCAAGAAUCCCAUCCUUGGUCACAAGGGAGAUCUCAUUUGCUCGAUCUCCUACAACAAUACCCCUGCUAGAAAGGCAUUCAAUCCAAGCUCAGACGUCAUUAUCAAUAAAAAUGGCAAGGACAAAGAAAACAUUGCUGGUGGAAAUCGGACAGAUCUUCCUAAGCCCCCUGGACUCCAGCAAGUCCCUAAAUGA